AUGCUGUCCUAGACCGACGACGUCGGAGAACAGCAGUAUGUAAGAGCGUACUCUUUAGGAGUACGCAAGAAGGUAAUAAGCGAUGGGCCUAUUGACCCGGUUGCAUUAAUUUUUGCCCCCUCAUUAAAGGAGGUUGGCUUUAUCAUUUGGACUACUUUUGUUGUACUUUUUCUACUUUUUGAACCCUUUUCCGGGUAGGAUUUACUACCAGCCUACCCAGUGGAUUGUAGCAAACGUUGCUCAUCUACCCAUGUAUGAGUAGUUCUCCAUGACAAUGGUAUUGUGAACAGAAGACAUGAGUUUCAUGCAGAUCCAGUUAUUACAGCAAGAGACGCUCAUCAUCAAUGAAACGCACCCAAUAAUUCAGUGUAUAAUUAGCAACAAUCACAAUAAGCUCAAACUACUGCUAAAGGAACAUGACAUUAAUGGACUUUACCCAUGCAAGGAGCUAAACGAUGAGGUCUCCCCUUUGAUUGCUGCUGUUGCAUUUCAAAAGGAGGGCAUUUUUUCCGUUCUCCUGCAUGAAGCUGCAGACCCAAACACAUGUUCACGCAAUUGUUGGAAACCUUUGCAUUUUGCUUCAUUAGGCAAAGUUCCAAUUUCUUUUGUGCAUAAAUUGCUGGCAGCUAAAGCUGAACCAAAUGAUGACAUGAAUAAUCAAUUAAAAAUGACCACACUGCAAGCAGCUGUUCACCAUGACAGAGGUGAUGUUGCAGAAGCAUUGAUCGGCGCAGGUGCGGUUGUUUCAACGUUUCCUAUAAAGAGUCCUGAUUGUGAUACUUUCAAUGACAAGUUGUCUAACAUGAUACAUCGUUUAGCCUCGAAUAGUGUCCAAAUCUGUUCAGAAAUUAAACAUUUUGUUGAUCUGGACAUUGCAGUCAGACGAAAGAGUCCGGAAGAGGUUUUCCAGUUGUUUGAUCAUGUGAUGCUGCUUAAGCAUCCUCAGACACAUAUUAGCGUUAUUGAUGUUGUAUUGAGUGUCACUGGACUAGGGAAGGCAGAAUACCAAAGUAAAGCUAUCCAGUGGCUUAGGGACAACAAUAAGAUAAACCAAUACAUUGAGGAGGCUGUGAAACACUUUCCAAACCUUUUAAAAGGACAUCAGCCUUUGGUUGUUCAGAAUCUACAUUCUGUCUUUUGCACUUUGACAGAGAUACCAAAUAACAUAUCACUGGCUUUCAUACCUAAAUUACUUGAGCUGCUUUCCACAAAAAUUUUGUUUCCGAAAGAACAGCAUUUUGUUGUGGUUACACUCUAUGUGAUUACACAAAAAUGCAAAGUGAAAGAUGACUGGAAUUUGGAUAUCAUUGAGAAAUUAAGCUCAGGAAUUUCUUCCUUUGUCAACAAUAAUCACUCAGCAACUGCAAUCUAUGCCUAUGGCAUUUUUGCAAAUCUUGUUUCAACUGAACACGCCAACAAAAUCUUUACAUCGAUUGGGUUAACUUCUGUGCCUGAAGAGAUUCUUACAUCUGCAGAAAUGACGAUGGAUGACAGUCUCAAAGAAGGUCUAAGGCAUCUGCAGAAAUAUUUAAUUCAACCAAGCGCAGCAUCUGAAGAAUCCAUAUCAGCUGUUUUAGAUGACCUCUCCACAACUUCUGUCCAGGAAUCUGCUGCGAAUGAUCUCCAACCUGGCAUCACCACAUUUAGAAAAGAGCAGAAGUGGGUUCAAAUAAGUGAGAAAUGGAGUGAAAAAUUAGAGAAGCUUUCAAAAACAGAGAAUGUUGUCAAAGUUGGAAACAUCAUUUUUGUGAACAAUGAAGAAUUUUGCAUAGCAAAGGGGAGCAGUGGAACUGAGGUCUUCCUUGGCCUCAGAGAGGAUGGCACUGAGGUGGCAGUGAAGAGAAUGUCUAGGUCGAACUACCAAGUGCUGAAGAACGAGGAAUCAUUCUUACGACUUCCAAAGCUUGAUCAUCCAUUCAUUGUGAGAUACAUAGACUUUGCCGAAGAUGAGAACUUUGGUUACCUUGCACUUCAACUAUGUGAGUGCACGCUGGAAGAAUUCCUAAAACCUGAUUUGACAGAAAAACUGAAGAGAAAUCUUGUUAAGGAGGUUUUAUCUAGCUUGAGUGUGCUACAUAGUCAGACUCCUCAAAUCCUCCAUCGGGAUAUUAAACCACAGAACGUCUUGUUAGAUGUUUGUGGUAAGGCACGUUUGGCUGAUUUUGGCAUAAGCAGAAGAUUGCCCAUUGGUCAGACUUCCUUGCGCACAAGAGGUGCUGGAACAAAGUGCUGGAUGGCCAGAGAGAAUAUAGAUGAGGAUGUUGAUGUACCAUGCAAGAUGAGCGCUGACAUACAGGUGGCAGGGAUGUUGACAUACUACAUCCUAUCUGGAGGACAUCAUCCUUUUGGCAGAGGCUGUAAAUGUGAGAGCAACAUUUUUGAUGGUUUGUACAGUCUUGAACAUGUCCAGGAUUCGAUCACAGAGGAUCUUGUGAAGUGGAUGAUCAACAAAAAUCCAAAAGAAAGGCCUACAGUGCAGCAAUGCCUGGCCCAUCCCUUCUUCUGGUCGACGUCAAGCAAAAUAGAAUACCUAAAAAGUAUCGGCAAUGAAGAGGAGGUGAGGAACUACAGAGCGACGGACAAACGCCUCCUGGAUGAACUGGAUCGGGAUGUAGGGGAGAAAAGCUGGAAGGACUGGAAACAAAAGUUUCCACCGGAGUUGGUGCAGAAGAUGGACGGCAAAGGGAAGUAUUCUGAGAACACUGCAGGAUUACUUCGCUUCAUACGCAACCUCCUUGAACACUACCCUGAGGACGCAGAGCACAUUGAUUUGAUGGCCACAUUUCCUGAUCUCUUCGGAGGUGUCUACGUUUUUGCCAAAUACAAAGGUUGGAACAGCAGGGUCAGCCUGAGAAGGAUGUUUCAAGAGGAGGAUGAGGACGUCACGCCCGGUGGUGUGAUGAACACCCUCAGCCUGGAGGACCGGGCUCCAGGCUUCUCUGUGCCUGUCCAGGAGUCAGGAGGACCCCCCCAUUCAGUCACCGUCAUACCAUGAAUGUCAGUGUCUGAAUGGGGUGGGGGGACGCUGUGAAGCAUGGAUGUGAGUUCCAUCAUAGAAACGUCUCCUAUCGGCAGCAUUAUAUAAAAGCACCCAUCCGUCUAAAUCCAGGCUGUUCCUAAUUUGUCUUCUUCAUACCUUGAAUGUGUCAAUCAAUAGACCGAGUUCAGUAUUCAGAUUUUAGUUGAUCUUUUGCGACAUCGCUCAUCCGAUUUUCUCAUGGACAUGGAAGCUGUUUGGUUUGCUUGUUGUUGAAGGCUGAACACAGACUACACACAGGACAAGGUGUUGAUGCCUGUGCUGGAGUCAGGAGGGCUGUGACAGAACCACAGCUGUGGGUUAGAUCAGAGGAAAGGUCACCUAUCUGCAAGAGGAGACAAAAUGACUGUCUUAAUGCGUAGGGCUCAUUUUUUCCUUCUUAAUAUGCUGAGUA